AUGGCGACAAGGCUAACUACUCGGCUUCGACCUGCAGCAUGUUCAAUUAGAUCUUAUCGUUUACGUUCCUUCAGUUCAACAGCACUCCGCCUCGAAGAAAAAAUUCCAAAACCACCUCCGCCAAUCGAAGACUCGACUUCGGCACUCACCUACAAGUAUACUCACUCCCGGCCUGCCCCGCUUCCUGCUACAGAUAUCCCUCGAUUGAGGUCAGCUGAAGAGGCCGUAACGAAUAUCCUUUACAACACACCUCCUCCGAGCCUGCAACCUUUCAAAAAACACGUACUCAACUGUCUCGUGCAAAAUGAACCGGGUGUAUUAUCGCGCGUAUCUGGUAUUUUAGCUGCUCGCGGGUUCAAUAUCGACUCGUUGGUCGUAUGUUCGACCGAGAUCCGUGAUCUCAGUCGGAUGUGUAUCGUACUGAACGGGCAAGACGGUGUUGUUGAGCAGGCUCGAAGACAGCUCGAAGAUCUCGUGCCGGUAUGGGCUGUUCUGGAUUAUACAAACACGCGCUGCAUUUCUCGUGAACUUCUGCUUGUAAAAGUAUCAAUCCUCGGCCCAGAUUAUCUCGAGGCUCAACUCGUCGGUGGACCCACUCACGACCCGCGUCAAGGUCAAGCAUUCGCGCAACCUGCCCCUGAUCCGGACGCCGCUCUCGAGGAUCGAUCUCUGACUUUCGAGCAGGAGGUCGCACUUGCGGAGAACUUUGAGCACAGCACAAGCGCUGGUGCGAGUAGCCCACCUCCGCUGACUGCAGCUGAAGCACUCCGUCUCAAACACCAACACCUUCAUUCCAUCAAUGUCCUCGCGGAGCAAUUCAGCGCACGUAUCGUUGACGUCAGUGAAAAUAGCGUGAUUGUUGAAAUGAGCGGGAAAACGGCUCGUGUAGAGGCUUUCCUCGCCCUUCUCAAGCCGUUCGGUAUUAUUGAGUCGGCUCGCACAGGUACAAUGGUCAUGCCUCGGACACCUAUCGCAUCGCAGGUCAGAGACGAGUCGGAUGAAGCUAGUGCGGUCGAUGCCAGCUUGUUGCCACCCGGUUAAAGACAUUCUUAUCUACGUAUCAUAUAACGUUCUCUUUGUCCUUGAUUAUUUCUGCAGUUAUCAGCACUUCCUGCAUAUGACGGUGUUAAUUGGAUGGAGGUCCUCG